AUGUUUUUACCACAUAUUACUCUACACUACCCGAAGCUGGCUGUCCAACUGGCCUUAUGCACUGCCUUUCUUCUGCGCCGCUCCGGUCUCUUCUUCCGAAGUGGAUACAAUCCCUCUGGUUCCCACCAGGAGAGCAAAUUAAAGAACGCCUGGAUCAUACUGUCCCCACUGUUCCCAGCCCGUAUACGAGAACUGAACCAGCGGUAUGUAAGCUUCAAAAUUCGGAAGUUGCAUAUAACGUCACAAAGCCUCUACCAGUUUGCAUUUCAAACCAAACAGAGAGACUGCCACGGACACGCACUAAACCACUCGAAAAUAAUUUUUGUGGGUUUUCCUGCAAACUGCAAGCCUUUUCUAUUACCUUCUCACAUUUCACUUGCUAGCAACCCGACCCCAAGCCAUCUCCGAGACUAUUGCGUUAAAUUUGUCAAAGGAAGGAUUACUUGCAUGGGAGAGGAACGCCCAUCACCUGAGUGGUCAACUAUGUAUUUGAAAAACAAAAAACUGGCUGUGAUCAUGUUGUCAAACAUUGGUCAAGGAUCGAGUCUUCAGUAA